UUCCCCUCCGGCCUGUCACCAGUCUCAUCAGGCCCUCGGAGUGGCAGUCCCGGGGCCUGGCAGCGGCCAUGGAGCCUCGGGAGACUCCCAUCAAGGACGGCAUCCUCUAUCAGCAGCACAUCAAGUUCGGCAAGAAGUCCUGGCGGAAGGUAUGGGGUCUGCUGUAUGCAGGAAGCCCAUCAGGUGUGGCACGGCUGGAGAGCUGGGAGGUCCGGGAUGGUGGCCUGGGGCCAGCAUGUGACAGGUCUGCAGGCCCCAGCCGGCGUGGGGAACGGCGGAUCAUCCGCCUGGCUGACUGCGUGUCUGUGCUGCCGGCUGACGGUGAGAGCUGCCCCAAGGACACUGGUGCCUUCCUGCUCACCACCACAGAGCGAAGCCACCUGCUGGCCGCACAGGAUCGCCAGGAAUGGAUGGGCCCCAUCUGCCAGCUGGCCUUCCAGGGCAUAGGGGAGUAUUCCUCAGGACCAGGGGAGGUGGAAGCUUCCAAGAGGGGCCUGGUCCCCAUGGAGGAGAAUUCCAUCUACUCCUCCUGGCAAGAAGUGGGCGAGUUUCCAGUGGUGGUGCAGAGGACCGAGGCUGCCACCCGCUGCCAGCUGAAGGGGCCCUACCUCCUAGUGCUAAGCCAAGACACCAUCCAGCUGCGGGAACCCUCCAGCCCCCAGGCCCUCUACACCUGGCCCUACCGCUUCCUGCGCAAGUUCGGCUCUGACAAGGACGUGUUCUCCUUUGAAGCCGGACGCCGCUGUGACUCGGGCGAGGGUCUCUUCGCCUUCAGCAGCCCCCGAGCCCUCGACCUGUGCAGGGCCGUGGCCGCUGCCAUUGCCCGCCAGCAGGAACGGCUGCCAGAGCAGGCUGGGCCCCGGCCCUGUCCCCUGCCUCGGGCCACCUCCCUGCCCUCACUGGACCCGCCAGGAGAGCUGCGGGUGGUGCCCCCAGGGCUGGAGCCGCCCAGCUGCUGGAGGGCACGCCUGGCUGAGCCCGGCCCUCAGAGCCUGCCCCCACUGCUGAGCCCGGUGCCCCACGAUGAGCCGGUGUCUGGGCUCUACGCAUCCGUGUGCAAGCGGGCCAGUGGGCCCCCAGGCAAUGCCGAGCACCUCUAUGAGAACCUAUGCCUGCUGGAGGCAGGCCCCGUGCUGCCCAGGGAUAGGGACCCCGAGCAGGAGGGUCCCAGCUGCCGCAGCCCCCUGGCCAGCCCCAUCUACCACAACAGCGAGGACCUGGGCGGGCCGGGCCCUGCCCACGACAGCAGCCUCGAGGCCCAGUACCGGCGGCUGCUGGAACUAGAGCUGGGCGACAGUGAUGAAGCUGGGAGCUCUGGCCGCCCCAGUGCUCACACGGGCUUCAAGGCCAAGCUGGUGACUCUGCUGAGCCGUGAGCGGAAGAAGGGCCCAGUCCCCUGUGACCGGCCCUGAAAGCCCUGCGUGGCUCUGUGGCAGGAGGAAAGACAGGUGCUCUGCUGUUCCUGGGCCGGGGCCAACAAUGGACAUCUGGGACACAGCCCUGCAUCCACUCUGGCCUGCAGGGGUAAGGCAGGCAGGCUGGGGAGGACCCCUCCUGUGCCCCACCGGUCCCCCCUCCCCCGCCGUGUACAGUGUACAGGU